UGUUCUUCAACUCUCCCAAAAAAGCUCUCACGCCUCAUAACAGAAAAAGAUUGCCACCGGAGUGGAGGGUAACACUUAUUGGGUAGAAAAUGUGAAAUUUUUAGGUAGAAACAAGGCCAUAGACGGUGAGGAAAAUUACGAAGAGUGGAAUAGAAGCAAGUGAAGACAGAAAAGAACCUGGAAGAGCAUAUGGGAGUAUCAAACACCUUGUUGACUAGCAAUUUUCUAUACCAAUAUAACUAAUGCAUACAACAUAAGGGGUAUUGUAAGUUUCUAUGAAAAUUUCGGGGAGGCAAUGGCCACCACCUAUCCCUUAGAAGUUCCGCCACUUAUUGCGGCUCCAUUUGUUUUUACGUUACGUUGAGUCCAACAUAAAAGUAACAUUUCCUCUUCUACAUUUUGAUGAUUGGAAUUCGUGUUCUUGAAUUCCAAGAGGAGCAAACGGGAGGACGUUCAGUCCUUAAACAAACAGGCAUUUCCACCUUGUGAGCACAGAGAACUGAAACAGAACAACCACCAAAAUGGCUGUUGGGGGAUUCGUCACUGAUUCUUCAGCCAAUGGUGACGGUUUCAACGGCAAAAUAACAAUCUCAGUUGUCAUCACUUGCAUCGUUGCUGCUUCCGGUGGACUCAUUUUUGGAUAUGACAUUGGAAUCUCAGGUGGUGUCACUACGAUGAAACCAUUUCUUGAAAAAUUCUUUCCAGAAGUGUUGAAAAAGGCUGCAAGUGCCGAAACAAAUAUGUAUUGUGUGUAUGACAGUGAGAUCUUGACAUUAUUCACAUCCUCCCUUUAUCUAGCGGGGUUAGUGUCUACUCUCCUAGCCAGUCGAGUGACCACAGCGUUGGGUCGGAGAAACACCAUGAUCUUGGGUGGUUGCAUCUUUUUUGCUGGUGGUGCUAUUAAUGGUGCUGCUGAAAACAAGGCCAUGCUCAUCUUGGGUCGUAUUUUGCUGGGUCUUGGGGUCGGUUUCACUAAUCAAGCAACGCCAUUGUACCUAUCGGAAAUCGCUCCACCCAAAUGGCGAGGCGCAUUCAACACCGGCUUCCAAUUCUUCAACGGAAUCGGCGUGUUGGCCGCGAGCUGCAUAAACUACGCCACCGCCAAGCACACAUGGGGGUGGCGCGUCUCCCUCGGUCUCGCUGUCGUCCCCGCCACCAUCAUGACCCUCGGCGCGUUCCUAAUCCACGACACUCCUAGCAGCCUAGUCGAACGCGGCAAAAUCAACCAAGCCAGACAUGCGCUGCGCAAAGCUAGAGGCUCCGCCGUCGAUGUGGAACCGGAACUGGAGCACGUGAUUCGAUCUUCUCAGGUUUCGAAAGCGGUGGAGCAUGAGAGUUUCAUGACCAUCUUUGAGAAGCGGUAUCGACCUCAGUUGGUGAUGGCGUUUGCUAUCCCUUUGUUACAACAGCUUAAUGGGAUCAACAUUGUGGCAUUUUAUGCGCCAAAUCUGUUUCAAUCUGUGGGGUUUGGCAAUGAAUCUGCAUUGCUUUCAGCUAUUAUAUUGGGACUUGUCAACCUUUGUGCUAUUUUGGUGUCUACUGCUGUUGUUGAUCGGUUUGGUCGAAGAUUCUUGUUCAUUGUUGGUGGCAUUCAAAUGCUUGUCUGUGAGAUUGCGGUGGCUGUUGUGCUAGCACUAGAGACAGGGGUACAUGGUACAGAGCACAUGUCAAAAGGCAAAACAAUACUGGUACUGGUGCUAAUGUGCUUCUACUCAGCAGGUUUUGGUUGUUCAUGGGGCCCUCUCUGUUGGCUAAUUCCAAGUGAGAUUUUCCCCUUAAAAAUCAGAUCCACUGGGCAAAGCAUAGCAAUUGCUGUGCAGUUCUUAGCAAUAUUUAUUCUAUCCCAGACAUUCUUGACAAUGUUGUGUCACUUUAAGUUCGGGGCUUUUCUAUUCUAUGCGGGUUGGAUUGCUGUGAGCACGCUCUCUGUUUUUAUGUUCUUGCCCGAGACCAAAGGGAUUCCUUUGGAUUCAAUGUAUGCGGUAUGGGGCGAACACUGGUAUUGGUGCCGAUUUGUUGAUUAAGAACAAGAUAACCAAGAUAAUCGGCCAUGAGUUAUGAGUACAUGUUUGGGAUCUUGUUGGUAAGCAAAAGAAAUACAGUUAUUUGCAAUACAAGAAUUGUGUAUUAUUCCACUAAAGGAACUUAUGUUUGUUUGCAUCUUAGUUUUCUUUACUACAGUGUAGGGUGUGUACAUUUAGUGGUACAUUUUACAUUAUAUAUGAGAAGAGAUCAAAUUACUCUAGGAGUUACUUACUAUCCUCGCCCUACAUUGUAUUAACGGUUGUGACUUGUGAUUGUAUACUUAUCACGCCUUCAAGUGACAGAACUUCAAAUUUAGUUGUUAUUCAUUCUCCGAA